AUGACAGGAAAUGGCAACAUGGUCAUAAAAUGUCCCACCAAACAAGAAGUAGAAGAACUUAAACGAGCAGCUGAAAAUGCGCUAGAAAAUAGAUACGAAAUAACUACAACCAAGAUGAUGAAACCAAAAGUAAAGAUUCCAGGAUAUGAAGGUAGCAAACCAAUGGAAGAUAUUGAAGAAUGUAUAAGAAAACAAAACAACUGGAUUUUGGAGAGUGAUGAACUUAGAAUAACAUAUGUAAAAAAAAAGCGGAACUCAGCAGCAACAAUUCUGGCAGAGUGUUCAGCAAGUCUUUUUCACAAAUUUAUGGAACAAUACACUGGCAGUUUCCGAAAAAGCACUUCGGACGGCAAUAAGCAAGAGAAAGGUGGCAUAGUUAGGUUCGAUAAACGUGUAGGGGCGUUGCAUUAUGCAAACUUGAAACAAAAAGACGAAUUUAUGAGAGCCUCAGCUCUGGCUCACAUACAAAAGUUCCCAAAAAUGGAGUCGCUCUUUUGUAGAAAAUGGACUUCAAAAGAAUAUUUACAUCCCGACUUAAACGUGAAGCAAAUGUUUAACUUGUACCAAGAAGAGAGCCUGGAGCAGCCAAAAUGCAGCUACCAUACUUACCCUAGAGUAUUUGAAUCACUGAAUCUGUCCUUCCACCAUUCCAGGAAGGACCAAUGCAGUCUUUGUUUGUCGGACAGGGAAGGUGAUGCAAAUCAAAAAUUAGAGCUUCAAGAUGCAUACACUGCAAAUGUCGCCGAGAAAAACACUGUGUGCAAAAAGAAGGAGGAUGCUAAGGAAAUGUCCAAAAACAACCCAGCUUCAAUAGCUGCUGCUGUUUUUGACAUGCAACAAGUUAUUCAGUUACCUUAA